UCCAGGUGUGCAGUCGGGCAGAGGCGGAAGUGAGUGGUCACAACGACACAGGACAGCGAGAGAGCCACGCAGUUGUCUCCACUAACAAUGGCGAACAAUGACCAAACCCGCUACUGUCACAGAUUCUCCUACGUUGUUCUCAAAUUCAUCCUCUUCUCCUACGCCAUCCUUUGGUGGCUAAUAGGUGCCUUCAUCCUGGCAAUUGGUAUAUAUGCUGAGGUGGAAAGGCAGCGCUUCAAGACUCUAGAGGGGGUGUUUCUGGCCCCUGCUCUGAUUCUCAUCCUCCUGGGAAUUGUGAUGUUUAUUGUUUCGUUCAUUGGCGUCUUGGCAUCACUCAGGGAUAAUCUAAUUCUGCUGAAGGUGUUCAUGUACACACUGACGGUGUGCCUCAUCCUGGAGCUGCUGGGAGGAAUUCUGGCACUGGUGUUCCGCAACCAGACUGUGGAUUUGCUGAACAAGAACAUACGAAGAGGCAUAGUUAACUACUAUGAUGACUUGGACUUCAAAAACAUCAUGGACUACGUUCAGAUAAAGUUUAAGUGUUGUGGCGGCCAAGAGUAUAAAGACUGGUCAGUCAACAUGUACCAUAACUGUUCUGUACGGGGUCCACUGGCCUGUGGGGUGCCUUAUACCUGCUGCAAUACCAAGCCAAAUGAAGUAGCAAACACAUUGUGCGGCUACAAGGUGUUGGGACAAGAGCGCUUGGACCUGGUCGACACGAUACACAUCAGAGGCUGCACCGACGCCUUCUUCAUUUGGCUGACAGACAACUACAAGAUUAUGGCGGUGCUGCUGCUAGGGAUCUUGCUGCCUCAGUUCUUUGGGGUAGCCAUAAGCUGGUUGUACAUCACUCGAGUGGAAGACGCCAUCAGCGAGUACGGUCACUACACGGACGGCCUUCUGGACUCAAACAUGCAGGACAGACACCUCAAGAGGCAGGGCCACAUGGCCAAGUGGUUUAAGUGUAUGCCUGAGUUCGACUGAAGAUCAACAAGCUGACAGCUAAUGCUUACUUGAAUCCCCUCAAUCAGACAAAAAAAUUCAAUUUGGACUCGAAUGUCUACAGAACUUAUUUCUUUUCGCCACUCGGGGACAAACACCAUGAAGUGAUACACUGAACAAAUCAAGAUUUCUCUCCCCCCCCCCCACCACACCCCCUACCCCCACCCCUCCUUCAAGUGUUCACUUUUCAUGGCAACACCGAGCGGGACAUUAAUGCAAAUGUCAUACUACUUCAACAAAUAUGCAGCACCGCACUCCACCAGCUGCUCAUCUCAUGAGUUGAGCCUAGAGCUGAAAACACACUGGGGAUUUCAGGAUCCAAAUGAAACUUUUUUUUUUCCUUCUUUAUUACGUGAACCUGUAGGAAUGCUAAAUCAUUUUCUUUUGCAAAUUUUAUUUUCAUUGCCCAGCCACAGUUUUGUGUGUCCAUGUUAUGUGAUACUCAAUGCUCUGAUGAUCAUUAAGUGACCAAGAUAAAGUAUCUGAGGGCCUCUGCUUUAUAAAUAUUCAAUAGUGUUUUAAGAUUAUGCUCUUCUGCCGUUGAACCUGUGUGAUAAAAACAAGGCAAAGGUUUUAUUCCUAAAGUAUGUUUAAUAUUUUUCUAAACCACUAUAAAAGUAUGCAUAAUUUAAACAAUGGUCCCACGCCAUCAAAAUCCUUUUUUUCCCCCUACUGUUUUAUGCACAGCAUAGGUCAAAAUGAGUCUGUGACAUGGUUUUAAGUUUGACAUCUAUGUGGUUUGUUGAUGGAAAUCUGAUCUGGUCUCUUUGCAAGACUUAUGUCAUUUUUUGCCUUUUGCCUUCAGUGUGUUUGUGAUGUAGAUAGUUACUAAUUAUUCAGAUACCUGCCCACUUCGUGGUCGGUACCCACGCACUCAACUGAACUGAACAGCAACAUGGCGUUUCUGGGUUAUAAGCAAGUGAGUCUCAGCUGCUGCCAAGCCAGACAAAUGCAGUCGAUAAAGUAUACAUAUUUUGGGUUUUACAACAAUACUUAACUAUAUUUAUAAUUUCUAAUGUAACUGUGGAUGAAAUAUCAAAGCUUGCGGUCAUUGUCGUCAAAAUGUGCAUGAGUGAUGAACGUCGAUAUUCAAAUGAAUAGGAGCGUAGGACCAGCCUCUCAAGUUGUACUCGUUUUUUCACCCACUUCCCCCGUUAGCUCGUGUUCCCUAUUAGUGGGACAAUAAUCCAACGCUUGGUGAAUUCUGCUUCACAAUGAUAGUAAGACCCCACAUAGAAGGAUCCAAAGGUGACUUCGCUCUGAUGGCUUGGCUGACACAAGACAUCAUAUCACUAGGGCCAAUCACAGCAGAGCUGUUUUCCAUAUUUAAAUGAAUAAUAAAGAUCCAAUCAGGACAAAGCUUAUUUACAUAUCAAAUAAUAAGAAAUCGGGCUGUCUCAAUUGCUAGGUGUAAAAGACCAACUAGAAUAGCUUCAAAAAGGGCAUCCUGGGCAUUUUCAACCCAAAUGAUCUUGCAUACUCUAUCAAAGGAUAUUGAAGAUUAUGAAAAAAAAAUAUGGCAUGGGAUCUCUAACAAUGUGCUGAAAUAUUUUUUUUUAAAAACUAUUUAGUGAUUCAAUUAAAAUGUACUGCACAAAAGUAAAAAAAAAAAUCUAAAUGUUUAAAAACAAAUGGCUAAAGAGGAAAUGCAAAUGUAUUUAACUUACAUGUUAACUGCAACUGAACUGUACUUGGGCAGUGAAUCUUUCGUAUACCACUAGUGGUACCCGUACCACACACUGAGAAUCUCCAUACUAGAACAAAGUGUAGUUACGAGACGGGGUAAUCUGAAUCUGUGCACACAAUAAUAUGUUGUGUGGACAAAACAUGCACGAAGUCUAGCUGGGAUUGGCUGAUUGUGCAACUCACUACUGAAUAAUAUGCCUUUGACAUACUGCUGAAAUUCAUGUGAACUCGACUGUUGCCUCAACUGUAUUUUUUUCUAUUUUUACCUCAUUUCCAUCUUAAAUCAUCCCUUUAUAGCAUGACAGCACUAUAUCAAUACCCUCCUAGAAUGUAAUACUCUACUUUAAAUUGAUUCUUCUUGCAUUCAUUGAAUUUAUAUACCUCCCAAUUGUUAUUCCCAUUUUGUUCAUACAUUUUCUAAAGAAUUUUAAUCAUGUAGGCAUAGUAUGUAAUUGGAUAAUAAUAGUAAUGAUGUGUGCAAGUUGCUAAUUGUUUUUUGUUGUUUUCGUGCAGAAAAUGAAUUGAAAUUAAAUGA